UCUCUGUUCCUCCUUUACCACUCACCUCAGUAGCUUUCCUCAAGUCCAAGCGAGGAAGCAGUCAAUGGUAAGGAAGCAACUCGGUGUCAGCAUCGCCAUUUCAUGGUGGACUCUCGCCUCAUUUGUGGCCUUCGCCAGCGCCUUAACUCCUGAUGGUGAAGCUCUUCUGGAGCUCAAGAUUGGCUUCAACGAUUCCAAGCAACUGCUGUGGAGCUGGCGACGUACCGAUUCUCAUCCAUGCUCAUCCUGGCUCGGCGUAUCCUGCCACCUCUCCGACCUCACUGUCCGAUCAAUUGACUUACCUUAUAUGCAACUCAGCGGCAUCAUCUCCGCGAGUAUUGGCCGGCUCCAAAGGCUUCAGAGAUUGGCUUUACACCGGAACAGCUUGCAUGGUCCUAUUCCAAUUGAGAUAAAAAACUGCACUGAGCUAAGAGCAUUAUAUCUGAGAUAUAAUUACCUUCAAGGAAGCAUUCCACCUGAGAUUGGAGAACUUGUGCACCUUACCAUCCUGGAUUUGUCUAACAAUUUACUCAAGGGCACAAUUCCACCAACUAUUGGCCGGCUGAGCCAACUACGAGUUCUAAAUUUAUCAACAAAUUUCUUGUCUGGUGAGGUUCCAACUGUUGGCGUCCUUGGAACUUUUCAACGCACUUCGUUUGUUGGGAAUUUGGAACUAUGUGGUUUGCCAAUUCAGAAAGUUUGUCAUAGCACUGGUGGUACAUUGGGCUUUCCUGCAGUAUUACCACAUUCCGACGCUUUUGCUUCUCCUGGAUUAGCAUCAUAUUCGUCCAAAAGAUCAUCACAUUUUUUGAAUGGUAUCAUUAUUGGCGCUGUCACUACCAUGGCCUUUGCUUUAGUUACAAUCCUUGCAUUCUUAUGGAUUUGCUUACUGUCGAGAAAGGAAAGACUUGCUGGAACCUACGUAAAAGUAAAGAAACAACUUGUGCAAGAUGGUGGAAGCAAGCUUGUUAUUUUUCAUGGAAAUCUCCCAUAUUCAUCUCAAGAAAUUAUAAAAAAGCUGGAGUUGCUUGAUGAAGAUGAUAUGAUUGGUUCUGGAGGAUUUGGUACAGUCUACAAGAUGGUGAUUGAUGAUAACUGUGUUUUUGCUGUUAAAAAGAUUGAUAGGAACCGAGAGAUAUCAAAUCAGAUUUUUGAGAGGGAGCUUGAGAUUUUGGGUAGUAUCAAGCACGUCAACCUUGUGAAUCUUCGAGGCUAUUGUAGACUCCAAUCUGCAAGGCUUCUCAUUUAUGAUUAUCUGGAUUUGGGGAGCCUAGAUCAUUACCUUCAUGAAGAUAGUCAAGAAGAGCACCCAUUGAACUGGAAUGCACGUAUGAAGAUUGCUCUUGGGGCUGCAAAAGGAUUAGCAUACUUGCACCAUGAUUGCACUCCCAGAAUAGUUCACAAGGACUUCAAAUCUAGCAACAUUUUACUUGAUAGGAGCUUGGAGCCUCAUCUGUCAGAUUUUGGUCUUGCUAAAUUGCUUGUAGAUGGCGAUGCACAUGUCACCACUGUAGUAGCAGGCACUUUUGGCUACCUCGCACCAGAAUACCUCGAAAGUGGAAUUGCAACGGAUAAGUCAGAUGCAUAUUCCUUUGGGGUCCUGUUGCUGGAGUUAGUGACUGGAAAAAGGCCUACAGAUCCAUCCUUUGUGAGGCGAGGAUUGGACAUUGUUGGCUGGUUAAAUACGCUGGCAGAAGAUAACAGUUUGGAGGAAAUUAUAGACAGGAAGUGCGGCAGCGUAGAUGUCGAAUCAGUAGAAGCAAUCAUUGACGUCGCUGCAAUGUGCACUGAUUCGAACCCUGACAACCGCCCUUCCAUGAGUAGGGUCUUACAGAUGCUCGAGGAGGAGAUCAUGUCGCCCUGCUUGAACGACGAGCUCUAUGAAACUCAUUUGUACAUCUAAUUUGAAUGUCUUACAGACAUGAAAACUUGCUUUUGUACAAAAAUGCUGCGUGUAGGGCUCUCCACUCAUCGAGCCUUAGCUAAGAAAUUUUGACGUUAGAGAUUGCUAGUUUGGACGUGUGGAUUGAUGAUAAUAAUUUAUUAAGCAGGCUUAUUGCCUUUCAAAA